AUGUCUAAAAUAACAAUCAAAGGAUCAGAAAUUCUGGAUACCGAGUUGAACUUGACUAACUUCCUUGAAUGGGAAAGGAAACUCAUCAAAGUUUUGAAUGCUAACGACAUGGACUAUGUUGUCAAGCAUCCUUUCCCUAGCUAUUAUGCUAAGGAUAUGACUCCAGAAAGGUGUCGCGUGAGGUAUCAACCCAAUGGCCAAGAGGUUGGCAGUAAGGUUGAUAAAUUGUCUAAUUCGAUGAGAAAUCUCAGGCUCAUUACCCCACGAGAAUCGUGCCUCAGGGAUGAACUCCAUGAGGCACAAAAUCGCAUUGUUAAGGCUAAUAUAGAAAAGAACACACCAGUUCGGAAUCAUGUGAACAUGAUGGUUGGACUAUUCAAUCGCAUUGAAGCACUUGGUGGUUCCAUCAAAGAGCCAAUAGUUAUAGCUUUUAUGCUAAAUUAUCUUCAUACGGACUAUGAGAGGUUCAAGAUGCACUAUCUCUUUAAUAAGAAAGAGAACACAUUCAGCGAGUUGCUGGAUAUGCUUGGAAAGUACGAGAUUUUUCUUGGAAAGCUCAAAUAUGAACCAUUGAAUGUGAAGUGCUCGAAAUUCAAGAAAGUGAAUAAGGGGAAGAAAGGAAAAGUUGCAUCUUCAUGA